AUGGGUAUAUCUGUCAUUAUUAAACCUAUCGAAGAUGAAGCAGCUAGAAGCAAACUUGCCAUCACAUUAGUUACUAUUACAUCCAUCUGUUUUGCUUUUUUCGGUGUACCCGUAUUGCCAUUAGUCGAUGGAGGAGUGUUGAAAAUAUUAGGAAGAAAUAAAGACCAGUAUGGUCGACAACGUAUAUAUUUUAUUCAACCACAAACUACAACAAACACGAUUAGCAAUUUUAAAAAUAGACUUACUACUAUGACUUCUACCACACCUGCUAAUACUACUACUGUUAAUCAUAAUAGUUACAAAGAUACCCAAAUAGAUCAGUUUCAAAUGGAUCCCUAUGAUGAAGUUGGCAUCGAUUUAAAUUCUUCUCAAAUACGUCAGAACGAGAUACAACGAUUGAUUCAGUUUGCUACUGAGUCAAGUAUCAUUGAAGCUGUUAAUCUUUCAAAUCCUCCAGCUCAUCGAUCCAUUCAGCCUCCUAUAAAUAGCAAUGAACCAUCUACACUUUUACAACUAUUAAAGAGACCUGAUGUUUCAUUAUUCUUUCUUACUAUGAUGUUAAUGGGUGCUUCAUUAAAUAUGGUCAUUAGUUUUCUAUUUAUUUAUUUGAAGCAGGAUUUAGGCGCAACCUCUUCUCAACUUAUUCGGCUUAUUGGUAUUAGAAGCUUAAUCAUUUUGGGACAUGUUUUGACGAUUAUUCGAGUGUUUGCGUACACUAUUAUACCUAAAGGGCCUACAGGUGCUAGCAUUGCGCUUGGAUUGCAUUUAUUAAACGGUAUUGCAUUUUCAGCCUUAUGGGGUGCUGGAGUUGUUCAAGCAGAUGAAUUAGCUCCUACAUCAUUACAAGCUACUUCUCAAGGUAAAUAA